AUGCCUAGAAAAACAAAAGCUCGUUCUCGUUUAGAUAAAUAUUACAACCUUGCUAAGGAUCAAGGAUAUAGAUCAAGAGCAGCGUUUAAAUUGUUCUAAUUAAAUCGCAAAUACAAUUUUCUCAAUAAUGCAAGAACAGUCGUAGAUUUAUGUGCAGCCCCAGGAGGAUGGAUGCAAGUGUGUGCUCAAAUUAUGCCUUCAAGUUCAACCAUAAUUGGUUUGGACUUGGUUCACAUCAAACCAAUUCCAGGAUGCAAAGCAUUCACCUAGGACAUUACAACACCAUAAUGUGUUUAAUUGCUUAAAAAGGAAAUACCAUAAAAAGCAGAUGUAUUCUUACAUGAUGGUGCUCCUAAUGUGGGAGCCAGUUGGGCUAAAGAUGCUUAUAACUAAAAUGAUCUGGUCUUAUCAGCCUUGAGAUUGGCAUCUUAAUUUUUAAAGAAGGGAGGAGUGUUUGUAACUAAAGUCUUUAGAUCAACAGAUUACAAUUCCUUAAUGUGGGUCUUUAACAAAUUCUUUUCGAAGGUAGAAGCCACUAAACCUUUAGCAAGUAGAUUUGUGUCAGCUGAAAUUUUUGUCGUUUGUUUAGACUAUUUAGCACCCGAAUACAUAGAUGAGAAAUUAUUUGAUUCUAAACAUGUGUUCAAAGAUACUGAAACUGAUAUGUUAUAAUAAUAGAUCUAGAAAGAAAUUGUCUCUGUUGACAAAAUUCUUUAGAAGAGAACUUAAAGACAUAGAAGCGGAUAUGCUGAUGAUGUUCAUUAAACUGUUUAUUAGAUGAUAGAUUUUGAAUAGUUUCUUCAUGCAGAAAACCCAUAUCCAAUCUUUAUUGAAUAUGCAGGAAUCAAGAUGACUGAAGAAGCUAAGCAAAAGUAUUUGAGCCUCGCUAAGCCUCCUUAGGAUUAUGAAAUAUUGAUGGAGGAUAUCAAAGUAUUAGGAAAGAGAGAAAUUAUAUAAUUAUUAAAAUGGAGAAGUAAGAUCAAACAUUUCUUAUCAAAACAAAAGAGAGAAUAAAAGUAACUAGAAAAAUAGGAGGAACAAGAAAGUGCUGAAUAUGAAGAUCUAGAUGAGGCUGAAGGAGAAGGAGAAGAUGAUGAAGUAAAUGAGGAAGAAGCAGUAGAAUAAGAUGAUCUCGACAAAUUGGUAGAUAAAUAAAAGGAAGCUUUGGAAUAAUAAUAUAUUGAGGAGUAGAAGAAGGAAUUAAAGGAAUAAAGAAAAUAGAAAUAAAAGUAAGCUUAACAGGAGAAGAAACUAGCAGGAAGAGGAAUAGGAUUCACUCCUUAAGAAGAAGAUUAAGAGUUAUUCUAAUUUUCUAAGCAUAAGAAUAUUUUGAAAUUAGGAUAUGUGGAUGUAGAAGAUAAACAAGAAGAGAAGCUAAGGAAAGAGAAGUUGGCAUUCAAUAAUUAAAAAUAAUUAGAUCAAAAUUUAGAAUUAAUUUAUGAAAAUAAAAAAUAAAAGAAAGAAAAUGCUUUAGAAAGAGUUAGAAAUAAAAAGUAAGCUCUAGAAUCAGAUUAAGAAGAAGUAGAUGCUGAUGAGCUUGCGUGCAAACCAAUUAAAAAAGUGAAGAAACAAGAGGAUCACUUAAAAGUUUCAGAUUUGAAGAGCAAAUUUUUUGAUAAGGAGGAAUUCUAAAAAUUAAAGGAAUAACUUAAAAAAUAAAAAGAUGAUGUAUUUGACAACCCUUUAAAAAAUUAAAACAUAACAUAGUUGGAGAAGAAGAAGAAAGAGAAAACUGACAGAGAAUAAACUGCUGAUAAAUUUAAGAAUGACUCAGAUAGUGAUGAACAAGAAGAAAAAGUUAUGGAUCCAAAAUAAUUGAAAAAUUUAUAAAAGUAAAUUUAAGAAGAUUUAAACUAAUUGGAUGAUAAUAAAGAUGUUGGUUUAUUGAAAAGAGUUGAUAAAAAAGAAAUGGAAUAUUAAAGAAAAUUAAGUAAUUAUAUUAUAAAAUCUAUUUAGAUGCAAGAAUCAAUCAAGAUCCAUUACCUGGAGAAGAUGAGAAAGUAAAAUAAUUUGAACUUAAUCUUCCUAUUUCAGAUAUGGAAAAAAGAAGAAGGAAGCUUAAAAAAAUAGCAGCCAGGGAAGAGAAGAAGGCUAAAUAAGCAUCAGAUAAGGAUCCAAAUCAUAAAGAAUUAGAAAUUGUCCCUGAAAAAAGGAUAGAGGAUUAUGAUAUUGAUUAAUUAGCCACUAAUCUGGCAUUGGCAAAAAAAAUGAUGAGGAAAAAGACUAGAGAAUAAAUAAUUGAAAAUUCUUUUGGUAGAGAUAAAUGGGAAGAUGAAGAUUUACCUUAAUGGUUUGUAGAUGAUGAAGAAAGACACGUGUUUAAGAUGGAACCUAUUACAAAAGAAGAAUUUUAAUAGGAAAAACAAAGGUUAUAUGAAAUCAAUUCUAGAGUACCUAAGAAGGUAUUUAGACAAUAUUAUUAUUAAAGAUUAUGGAAGCCAAAAUCAGAAAGUGGAAGAAGGCUCAAAAGAAGCUUAAAACUGCUGCAAAAAAGGCUUAGACUGUUUUUGAUACCGAUGGUAUUAAUGAAAAAACAAAAAUGUAAUAAGUGAGAAGAAUUUAUAACAAAGAAAAAGCAAAUAUUUAAAAAGAAUAAGAAAGAAAGGUCAUAGUUGCUAGAAAAGGUCAAGCAAGUGGAAGUAAUUAUUUACAAUUAAAUUCUAGAACUUAAAAGUUCAAGGAAGGUUCUCACUGUCGAUAAAAGAUUGAAAAAAGACAAAAGAGCUAUGAAGGCUAAGGCCAGAGUUGGAAAAGGAAAAAAGAGAAGACAAGUCUCUAGGAGAAAAGGAAAAAAGUAGAAGUCCUGA